AAUUUUGAUUCUAUUCAACUUACAAAUAUCCUUACUGUCUAUACUGAGAUUUUGAUUUUGGAAGUAAAUAGCUUACAAAUAUCCUUAAGUCAUUUUGGAAUCAAAUGACUUAAAAAGCUUUUUCCGUUACCCACAUUGUUUUUUGUUUUUUUUUUUUGUCUUUAUCUUUCUUGGAUAUAGUUAUUGACAUGUAGAGUGUAGAUGAUGCUGGGAAUGAAGAAGACCUCUCCGGCCAUUGCUUCUGCAAUGUCUAAUCUCGCUCCUGGCCUCAUCUUCAUCGUUGCAGUCUGCCUCAGUCAUGUUGCUGCAUCAAUAGUUUCAGUGCCUUGCAGGUUGGAGAAGUUUGAAGUAGAAUACUGGUACAGUAGAGCCAAAGUUGGGGAAACAUUUGUAUGCUUUAGUGGUUCUGUAGCAAUGAGCUGCUUCCGCAGCAAUUCCAAUUCUCCCAACUUAAAAAGCAAGGAGCCAAAAUUAUUGAUGAAGCACUUGGACAAGGACACCUACAGCGAUUGGAUCUUAGGCUGCUUCUAUCUCUUAGCAGCAGUAGUUUUGCAAUUGCAGGGAGGAGCAAUGGUUGGUGUGUGCAUAGCAUUGCAGAUGUGGUGUCUGAACAGAAAAGGCCCUCCUCUUGUUGCCAUCUUUAGCCCCAUCCAAACACUCUGUGCAGCUAGCUAUUCUUUCAGCCAUCCUCUCCGGGCAGAUCAUAAGUUUAGGAAGGUAGGAAGUGGCAUCCAAUUCUGAUUUCCUUUAGUUGGUCAGGUAUAUUUUGAAUUGCAUGCCAUGAGUGUGAGAAGUUGGUAGAAAGAUAAGGCUGACACCUAUCCACACUCCAAAAGCUAAUAAAAUGCUGUCUUGAGUUUAAUCUAUCCCCCAACAAUUCCCCACUUUGACUUAACUGAGUGCAGCUGUAGAAUAAUACAUCACAUGCAUUAGAGUCUGAAAUAGUAGUUCUCCAGGGUUACUGUAUAAACUUGUAGAAAGA